CAGAACGGAGAGGAGAACGAAGAGGGAAGAGCCGAGGGCUCGCCGGAGCAAAGUGAAGGUGCCGAAGCUACCUAGGCCGGAGUGGGCGGCCGCCGCCGAAAGUAACGUCAGAGCUAGGGUAAGGUGAUAAUUAACAAGGUUUUUCAAGAAUGGUGUGGUGUACAAACUGUGCAAGAGAUUGUCGUACAGAGCGCCUUUUGAAUGGCUACUUAUGUUGUACUGCAUGUGGGAAGGUUGUUGAUCAGGACAACUUUUCGAAUGAUCCGGUGUUUGUUAAAAAUGCAGCAGGACAGAGCCAAAUGUCAGGAAAUUUUGUAAAAACGGUUCAAAGUGACUACUCUGCCUCACGUGAAAGAACACUUAAUGAUGCUUAUGCUGAGAUAGGUCAUAUAGCAAAUGCUAUAGGUGUAAGUGGUGGAGAUUCAAUAAUUCGCCCUGCUUUGGCCUUUUAUACAAUAGCACUGGAGCGGAAUUUCACUAGGGGGCGCAGAAAAGAACAAGUUGCUGCAGCUUGUCUUUAUAUUGCAUGUAGGGAAAAUAAAAAGCCAUUUCUUCUUAUUGAUUUUUCAGAACACUUGAGGAUAAAUGUUUAUGUGCUGGGUGCUGUAUUUUUGCAGCUUUGUAAACUGCUAAGUCUUGAAGAGCAUCCCAUCGUUCAAAAACCUGUUGACCCUAGCCUUUUUAUUCAUAGAUUUGCGGCUGGUUUACCGGGAGAAACGAAUAUGGGGGUCUCCAAAACUGCCCUACGCAUUAUUGCCAGCAUGAAGCGCGAUUGGUUGCAGACAGGGAGAAAACCCAGUGGCUUAUGUGGUGCAGCGUUGUACAUAUCUGCACUUUCAUAUGGUUUAAAGUGCUCCAAGACAGACAUUGUGAAGAUCGUACAUAUUUGUGAAGCAACUUUAACAAAGCGCUUGAUUGAAUUUGAGAAUACAGAGUCUGGGAGCUUAACGAUUGAGGAGUUCAACAUGAAGGCUGAGGAGCUUGAAAAGGAAUAUAGUUCAACCAAGCAAUCUAAUAUUGGUUCAACUGUACCUGGAAAGGGUGAACUACUUUGUGAACAUAAGGGUAGUGGAAAGCCUCCUUUUGCCCAUGGACUUUGUGAAAUUUGUUAUGGUGAAUUCAUAAAACUUUCUGGAGGACUUGAAGGAGGAUCAGAACCCCCAGCUUUCCAGCGUGCAGAAAGAGACAGAAUGGCAAAAGCAGCUGCUGAGGAAAAUGCUGAUUCAAAUCAAAUUCAGCUUGAUAAAGGAUCGAGCAGCCCAGAUGUGUGUGGGAAUGAAUCAUCAAAGUUAGCAGAGCCUGAAAGUAUUGGGGCCAGUGAUAAGCAAGCAAGCAUUGAUGAGGGUGCUCCUAGUGACCUACAUGGAGCUGAUGAUGAGAAUGCUAAUGCUGGUGAUGAAUCGGAAAGCCUUUCUGAUAUUGAUGAUGUAGAGGUUGAUGGCUAUCUUCACAAUGAGAAGGAGAAGCAAUUUAAAAAGAUUAUUUGGGAAGCAAUGAACAAGGAGUACCUUGAGGAACAAGCAGCUAAGGAAGCAGCUGCAGCAGCUGCCAAGGAGGCCUAUGAGGCCAGUUUCAAGGAUAAUCCAGAGGGCUUAAAAGCUGCACAGGAACUUGCUGCAGCUACUGCAGCAGCUGUGGCAAAAUCAAGAAAGGAAAGGCAGCAGAAACGUGCUGCAGAAGCAAAAAAUACGGUUCCUGCUCAAACUGCUGCAGAAGCUACACGGCAAAUGCUAACUAAGAAGAGACUUAGUUCAAAAAUCAACUAUGAUGUAUUGGAGAAACUUUUUGACGAUUCUGUGCCUUCAGAAAACCCCAAAAAAAUUCGGACUGAAUCACAAACUGAGAAUAAUGACCACAAAGCCCCCAUCAGCAACAAAAAGCUUGAGCCAGAGGAAGAUGACUUGGCACCAGAGGAUGAAUUUGGAUAUGAGGGGGAUACUGGAGGACUGUAUGGCAAUGAUUUGUAUGGGGAAGGAUAUGAUUAUGAUGACGAUUAUGGUGAUGAUGGAUACUACUAAUGGGACUAUUCCCUCUUUCUCUCCCUCUCAAUAUCUCCUCCUGCCAUCUUGGGACGAGGCUGAAAAGAAAUGGGAAAGUGGGUGGGCAAAGAUUAGACCAAAAUUGAGUUAUUCACCUAUCAUGAUGCCAUAAGUUAUUGCGGUAUGGGCUCAUUCCUUUCCAGCAAUCUUUUCACUCUGGAUGUGGUCUUUAUCUUUCAAAUGUGACUGAUAGCAACAAAAAUAUAGGAAGUCCUUUAUCCUCAUCUACGGAUAUUCCUCCUUUCUUUUUCCCCUUUUCUUCAUUUCUUCUUAUGUAUUCUAUAGUGAGGGUGUUGAGACUGUACGGCUGAGCUGCUCUGAACUAUACUAACUGGAUCUAAUAUGAGAUAUUUUGUUACUGAUUGACACUCACUUGUAACAAUAGUUCUAUUCAGCAAUGAAGGGUAUUUUCUAAUAAA